AUGACGGAAAGCACUCUUGUGCCCAUUGCGCCUGCUCCUCCUGUCGCACUUCGAAAACGGAACGAUGCACAAGAGCCAUCAGGUCCAGAUUCAGGUUCGACUCAGUCGAAAAAGGCCAGAGAUGGUCCAAAGAAAAAGAAAGCCAAUCGCGCUUGCUUUCACUGUCAAAAGGCACAUCUCACCUGCGAUGACUCUCGACCUUGUCAGCGCUGUAUAAAACGAGGAAUCGCAAACAGCUGCACGGAGGGCCAUCGAAAGAAAGCAAAAUAUCUUCUGGACGAUGAAGAGUUAGAACAACUAAAACGGACUAAUAAAAACCCGCAAAAUACGACUACGAAUGUGGCUGAAACCCCUCGUCCAUCAACACCAGCACCACAGCAGGAGCAGCCACAACCUCACUUGUCCACAUCCGAUCCUAUAUUGCAGGAGUCCCCAACUUUCGAAGUGCCUUUUGAUUCCAAUUUUCCAUUCGGUUCAGAAGCUGCAAACCUGGAAUAUUCCAUCCUGUCUGCGAUCUUGGGUAACCCAAGUCCUCCGCAAGGUGAUUCCACUCCUCCACCAACGUAUUCCGGCUGGCCUUCCUCGGAUCCACUCAUCGCCUCUCAAUCACCGACGUUCUCAUCCACCUUUCCCACUUCAUUAUCUUCUAACCUCGCCGCAUCUCCUACUACCGCAUAUCUCACAUACCAGUAUCAGGAACCACCUCGGACGAGCGAAUUAUCGGAAGUCCAGUACCCGCCCUUCCAGCAGUCGGUCAAUACACCCAAUACGACGACUCAACCUCUGCAGUCUCGAUAUUCGCUGGAAUCAAGAGCAAAGUCUCCGCCGUAUUCUGUCUUCAUCGACGAAACCUCGCACGGUCUUCUCUCUCCUCCGCAUUCAAAUGCAUCUCCCAGCCUCACCCCUUCCGUUGUUCGAUCCACGGAUUCUGUUGCAAGUGCCAGCAUUUGUACGCCAGGCUCAAAACUUCAAAGUAUCCACGACCGUGUCACCAAACCUUAUGACUACACAGAAGGUUAUCAUUUUUUAAUGAAACACCUACCUAUCCGAUUUGAGAAAAACGACAUUUUGCGUAUCGUGCGAGCGUUAGCUAUCUUCCGACCUUCGCUUAUUGCACUACAAAUGCCCUUGUCUCUCGAUGACGAAGUUUUCGUGGAAAAAUGUUUCCAAAGGUCGCUGCUAGAACUCGAGAAACUCAUCUCUUUCAGCGGAACGCCAACAGUAAUAUGGCGUCGUACGGGAGAGAUUUGUCUUGUCGCGCCUGAGUUCUGCAUGCUUACAGAAUGGUCUAUGGAGGAGUUACUAGGAAAGAAAAAGUACAUUUAUGAGUUAUUUGAAAACCAAUCCGUGGUCGAGUAUUGGGAAAAUUUUGCUGAACACGCCUUCGAAAACACAACACAAUCGGUAUAUUCACACUGUGUCCUUCUCAAGCCGAACGGAGCGCCGAUUCCUUCGACGUUUUGUUUCUCGAUCCGGAGAGAUCUAUUUGAUCUCCCGAGUGUAGUCAUAGGUCAAUGGCUUCCAUUACUAUAGCGGUUGUAAACAUUUAUCUUCUUCCUGUGUCCUACUUCUAACUCUGUACAAUCUAUAUGCGGGCGCCAUUAUACAUCUCCCGCUUCGCCUUCUACUUCUUAUGUCCAUCUUAUCUUCUGUCUAUAAUCUUUUCUUCUUCUCCCUCAAAAACAUUGCACGUUACAUUAGCAUCUUUCUCAUAUCCUUAUUCUCUCUCCUCUUACAUUGGAUUGUUAUGCACUCGGCUCCGUCCAAUGUUUGACUCUAUUUUCGCAUGGCCUUUAUGAUAACUUAUUCCCGCUCAAUCUCUAUGUACACCUUCAUAGCACCUUCACAGUACUUUGUCUUAGCUUGAUGAAGCUCUGACCAAGGAAUGGCUUCCAUAUCUCAAUUGGAUUCAGCAGGCAUAGAUUCUUACAUUGGCAAUUGUCUCGAGUAUUUUCUAGGU